AUGCAGUUCACCACCGUUAUUAUUGCUACCUUGGCUGCCGUUGCAACUGCGACUCCUUCCCCAGAUACCCUUGAAAAGCGCACCUGUGUUGGCAACUACAAGGUUGCCUGCCGCAGCAGCGGUCCCUCUUGCUGUGAUGGCUGGCAAUGUGUUGGCGCCACUGAGUGGAACGCCGGCGUUUGCAUCCCUCGAUACUAG